AUGGCUAUGAAUUCAUGGUGGCUUUGAUGUUUGUUCGUGGCUUUAAAGUCUCUUCAUGCCUUUGAAGUUGGUUAGUUGGUUCAGUUGAGUUUCAAGAACCGACCAAGCCACAUGGUUUCUUCACUGUAGGAUACUUUUCUGUGCGAAGAACACUUGGCUUCGGAUACUCCUGUACGGUUUCGCAAACUGUGGAGUUUGAUGUUCUCGUUUUAUUAUCCUUUUCAUCGGAGUACAGUGAAACUGUUUCCUAGUACAAUUAGUGCACACGAUUCCACCUGAGGAAACCAACAAAUCUCAACAACCCACAGCAGCAACGUGCCCUCAGGCAUCUAGCCUGCCGGAAAUUAACAGGAAGAAGAAGAAGUGGAACAGUUUCCCCGAGUAGACUUUAAAAUGCUGUUUCGUAGGGUGUUGCAAAUUGGAGGGCUGACACUAAGGCGGUCCAUCCACCACAGUCCCGUAUGGAGGAAUCCUCUCAUACCUAUAGUUGUGGAGCGGACGGGGAGAGGAGAAUGGGCGCACAGCCUCCCAUGGGAGAGAGUAAUUUGGGUUACGGGUCCUAUCGAUAAUAAGGUAGCAGGAGAUGUCAUUCGGAACCUGCUAUUUCUCCACAAUGACGAUGAAAAAGAAAAGAUCCACAUGUACAUCAACAGUCCUGGUGGUGUCGUGACAGCAGGCCUGGCCAUCUACGACACCAUGCAGUACAUAUCAAACCCCAUCUCCACCUGGUGUGUCGGCCAGGCAGCCAGUAUUGGCAGCCUGCUCCUGGCAGCGGGAACCAAAGGGAUGAGGCAUUCACUGCCCAACGCCCGUAUCAUGUUUCACCAGCCAACAGGAAGCUCCAUUGGUCAGGCAACAGAAAUUGCCAUCCACGCUAAGGAGAUUAUAAAACUGAAGAGACAGAUCAUUAAGAUCUUUGCAUAUCACACAGGGCAGCCACUGGAAACUAUUGAGGGUUUACUGGAAAGGGAUCACUACAUGAGUCCCAUGGAGGCACAGGAUUUUGGACUAAUAGACCGGGUCCUGGUCCACACGGCCCAGGCAGGCCUGGAUGAGUCGGAGGCGGAGGCUGCAGCACUCAGCUCCUCUCCAGCUCCAGAGCAGGCCCCCCCCCGUGACAAACACCGACGAUGAGUUGAAUUCGUUAAAUCAAGAUGUUUAAUGUAUUUGAUUAUAUUGUAGUUUUGGUGAUUUUGCAAUGUUAUUUUUAAUUAAAACAUGUAAAUAUGAAAUUACUUUAAUUAACUACAAAUAAAACCUUUUAAAUGA